AUGACGAGGAUACGCCAUUUCACCCACCCAAGCUGCAUCUUGACCCGCACUUGCCAGCAAAGCUUCAUCUGCAACGGGUGCGGCGUCGCCGGCUACGGGGUUAGCUACCGGUGCAACAGCUGCGACUUCGACCUCCACGAGUACUGCGCCAAGUGUCCGCAGAGCCUCAGCUGCUCCAUGCACUCGCACUCCCUGACGCUGACCCAGUCUGGCUGCUACGGCCGCCAGUGCAGCGUGUGCUGCCAGGCGACCAGCACCUUGGUCUAUCAGUGCGGUCCCUGCGGCUUCGUCGUGCACCCCCUCUGCGUUCAAGGGCGACGUUGGUUUGGAAGAUGCAACGCCUACGGUGUCGGCAGGGAAGAAGACUCGGUGGUCAAUAGCCAUGGCCCAGAGCACGACCAAAUCAGGAUCGAGACGGAGGAGACGAUGGCGUAUGACGACGACAGAGCUGAUGGCCCACUAAUUUGCCAUGCACUGCAUCAGAUUUGGAUCGGUUAG